AAAUAACUGCCAGACCUGCAAUCCCAUUACCAGAUCAUGGAGGAACAGUGCCGAAAAUGGAGGAACAGUACCGAAGAUCAUGGAGAAGAUCAUGGAGGAGGUUACCAGCAUCGAAGGGAACAAAAACAGAGAGAAGAGAAUAGUUCAAGGCCUGCCCAACACACACACAGACUGCCCAGAGCAUGUUUUUCAGCUUUUAGACUGCAUUUUCCAGAUUUCAGCAAUAGUUUCCAGAUUUCCCAGACUUUCCAGAUUAGUUCAUAACCUUAGCCUAGGUUUGUUCAUCUUUGUUCAUAUUUCCUUCCGCAAAUUCCAGUUUAGAUUUAUUUUUAAGUAUUUGGAAGCAACUUAGCCUUCAAAACAGGUCUGUCCUUUUGAUCCGGUUAGUUCUUCUUCCUUUUAUGGAUUUAGUUAUGUUAUUUGUUCAUGUAAAUAGGAUGAACAUUUUCUACCUUUGUUCUUUUGUUUCUGCAUAAUAUCCAGACAUGCAGUUUGUUUCAUGUUCAUUUCCAGAUUUAAAUUUAUAAAUUUCCAAACUUUAA